AACCUUACAUUUUACUGUCAUUGUGUCAUUCUGAGAUUUAUUAUUUUAAUAAUAAAUAGUACAGUAGCUUAAAUUAUUUCAAUAAUUAUGUGGGCACGAAAGUCUUUAAAGAAUAGGGUUUAUUUAAAAAGAAUAAUUAACACAGACGUAAGUUAUUUUGGAACCACACAUAUUCUCCAUCAACAAGUACCUGCUGUAAAAGACACACAAGAUGAGAAGUACGAAAAGCAGUUAAAGGACUUCCAAACCAUAACUAAUGUGACGAAGAAAGUACGAACUAAAAAACCGCAGAAGCCCCCCUUUGUUAAAAAUUUCCUUCUAGGCAAAUUUGAUACUGAUCUCCUCACUUUUCCGGAGUUAAAUAAAGAAGAUACGAAACUCUUAGAGCAAGAUGUAUGUUUAGUUAGAAACUUAAUGAAACAAAAUCAUAUGGUAGACUCUACUCAAAUGACAAGGAAAUUUCGCCAGAAUUUGUCUGAUUUUAAAGCUCUAGGACUGCAAGCUGCCCAGUUAAUGAAUGGAAGGGAAUGUAAUGUUACGGAAACUUCUGUGUUUUUAGAGGCUUUAUCUGAACAUAACUUAAGAAAUUCUAUAGUCAACAAUGAACAGUGGGGGAUACAGACUCUAAAUAGGUUUGGAAAUGAUCAACAAAAAGUAAAAUAUUUAACGAAGCUAAUGAAUGGUGAUAUGUUAUCUGCAACAUGUAUAUCUGAGCCUCAUGCAGUAGAUUUCAAUUCUUUUAAGACAAAAGCUCAACUAUCUUCAGAUGGGAAGUAUUGGAUUUUAAAUGGCAUGAAAUCUGCUGUGGUAAAUGGACUAUCUGCGAAUAUUCUCUUUGUUUAUGCAGUAACAAAAGUUUUAAAGAGGGAUACUCUAGUGGAGACGUCAUUAACCGUUUUUGCAAUGGAUAAAGAUGCGCCAGGAAUUAGUUGUCGUGAAAUUAACAGCAGUGGAUUAGAACUUGCAGAUGUAACUUUUACUGAUGUUCAGGUUCCAGUAGAAAACGUAAUUGGAGAAGUAAACAAAGCACAGUCGAUUUUAUCAAAAAUGAUAAUAGAUCUCAGAUUAAGUGUAGGUCCCAUGGCUGUCGCUGUCUCGAAAAAUAUUCUUAAUAAUGUUGUUACAGACAUUAGAAACAAAUCUGACGAUAAAAAUUUGUUACACGAAACUGAUGCGAUAAGAGACAGUAUUGCUAAGAUGGUAGUGUCCCUGUAUGCCAUGGAAAGUAUGUUGUACCUUACAACAGGACUUACUGAUAAUUUUAAAGAUCAGGAUAUCGAAGUGGAGUCUUCGAUCGUGAAGGUAUUCAGUUCAUACAGUACUAUGAAUAUAGCAACUACUGCAUUGGAGCUCUCAGGCAUUAAUUGUACAUCAAACUCACAUUGGCUACAUCCCUUACUUCAAGAAGCAGUUCGGUUUAAAACCUUAAAUGAACCUGAUGAUAGUUUAAAAAUUAUUUUGGCAUUGUUAUGUCUCCAACAUGCAGGGAAAGACCUUAAUGAUCUAGUCAGCAAAAUUAGAAAUCCACUCUUUCAUAUACAUUUUGGGCUACGAAGAGCAUGGACAAACAGAAGAAAUAAUGAAGAUAACCCUAAAUUGGAUUUGGAAUUAGGUGAUUACCUUCACCCUGCAUUGGAAAAUUGUUCCAAACAGUUAGAGUAUUGUGUUAAAAGAAUAGAAUUUGGUGCAGAAAUCUUGCUAACGAGAUACGGUCCAGAUGUAUUAAAUUUUCACAUGGACAUCAGAAGAUUAGCAGAUUCAAUUAUAGAUACUUAUGCGAUAGCAGCUUGUUUAAGCAGAGCUUCCAGAUCUUACUGUAUCGGUCUGCAACAUGGAGACGUAGAAAUGAUGCUUGCUUCCACGUUUACAAAUUCUGCUACAGAAAGGGUGAAGCAGAACAUAUUGAAAAUAUAUACAGGACCUUACAACACAAACGAUGAAAAUCAUAGAUUGAUAACCAAAAAGAUGUUUAAGUUUAAACAAUAUUUUCCCAAACAUCCCCUUACUAGAAAUUUUUAGAUGUUAUGUAAUUUGUUAAUAGGUAAAAAAUAAAUUUUUUUAAUGUUUAA